AUGACAAUCCAGUCUAAUGGCAGCUGGGCCAGCGAUUUGACUCAACCGCAGAAAAAGGCCUUGAAGCAAGUUUGGACAUACCUGUUCCAUUUCUGGGGGAUUCCCGUGAAUGGUGAAGCUGCCUUCAGAAAGCAGCAAGGCCCUUCCUCAGGGCCUUUUGAAAGCUCAAGUGACGCAGGCAAGAAGAAAAAGGGUCUCUUUGGUAAAUUGCAAGCUUCAUACUAUGGUGAUGAUCAGGAAUCCUCUGGUAACGAUAACAUCGAGGAAGUGGAAUCAGAGUACGUCGCAGACAAGAUUCAUGAUAGCUUGAAAGAGUUAGAUCCGGAGGCCACUAGGGACGAGUUCUGGGAGAUGCUCAGAUUUGAAGAGCCCGAUGCAGUGAUAUUGAAGUUCAUCAGAGCCAGAAAAUGGAAAGUAGACAAGGCGCUCUCUAUGAUUGCCCACUCAAUGCAUUGGAGAGUCGAUGAGACCCAAGUGGAUGAUAUCCUGAACGGGGGUGAGACCGCCAUCUUCAGGAAUAAUGAACAGGGAGUGAUCAAGAACUUACAACUCCAAAAGGCCUUCAUCAGCGGACGCGAUAAGCAGGGCAGGCCUAUCAUCUUGGCGAGACCCAAACUACACCAUUCUCACGAUCAGAGUGAGGCAGAGAUGGAGAAAUAUUGUAUAUUGGUCAUUGAACAGGCCAGAUUGUUCUUCAAGAGUCCUGUAGAGACAGCCACGAUUCUCUUUGAUCUUUCCGGUUUCUCGAUGUCCAACAUGGAUUAUGGUCCAGUCAAGUUCCUAAUUAAUUGCUUUGAAGCGCAUUAUCCUGAAAGCUUAGGCCACAUGUUCAUUCACAAAGCGCCAUGGAUCUUUCAUCCAAUUUGGAACAUCGUUAAGAACUGGAUGGACCCUGUUGUGGUCUCCAAGAUCAAAUUCACCAAGAAUCUCACCGAUUUGAAUGACUACAUAGAGUUGGAUCAGCUGCCAAAAUACAUGGGUGGUGAGAGCGCAAUGGAUCCUGAUGCAUUCACCAAACCAGAUGAGUCUCAAGACGCCAAGAUGCAGGAUGAAGCAGGAAGAGCCCAGAUUCUGUCGGAAAGAAAUGACCUCAUUCAAAAGUUUGUCGCUGCUACUGUAAGCUGGAUCGAAGCCGAUGAUGAUGAAGAGUCGAGUAAGUGUUUGAAUGAGAAAGUAACCCUUGGUUCUCAACUGACUGCAAACUAUUCGGAGCUCGAUCCUUAUAUCAGAUCAAGAUCUAUGUAUGAUGUUAAUGGUAUGCUAAAAGCUUAG